AUGGGGGUAGCUCUCGCGUGCUGGAACGGCGGCAACGACACGCCCGACGCCUGCAAGACGAGACACGACAACGGCAACCACUGCAACCACCACCACCACAUUGGGCGUCCUGCUAACUGGGACACGUUUCUCGUGCCUUUGGCCACGUCGACGACCGCCUCGUCUGGCAGCCGCCUCUUGUCGGCGUUCUACUGCCGCUUGCUGGCGGAUUCGAGCGACUGUGCGUUCUAUGUGGACACGCGCGGCAAGCGCCUCACGGGGCCCUAUCUCGACCGCAUCGAGUUGGUCGACAACUACUUUGCGCCGCGUCGGGGCCCGACGGGGGACCGCUGCCUCGUCUCACUACGCACAGCACGCGCGGUCGCGCCGAGCGACGACUGUGCCUCGACGUCGUCGACGCUCACGAGCGAACUCGACUACUGGACGGCGUCUCUCGCCCCGCUCGACCCCACACAGCGACGCCACGGGACUCUGCCGCCCGUGCUCGGGCGCUCUGCGAGCGUCGGGCCGCCCGCGGACGCGCGUGUCAAGAUGCACCGCGUCCGUACGAGUCCUCAGCUGCAGGACGACGUGCACUCUGCCUACUCGCAGUCGCCAUGGAGCGCCCAGUUUGGCGACUGUUCGGUUUUGUCGCCCCAGCGGAUGGCGGCGGGGGCUGUCGCUUCUGCGCGCUGA